GCCAAAAUCAUGUCGAAUGAAGGCUCACCGGCCUGCCAGCGGCUUCCCCCCGAGAUAUGCGACAUGAUCAUCGACCAUCUCCACGAUGACACAGAAACACUGGCAUGGCUCCCCGCCGCUCGCAUGCAUCGCUUCGAGCGGCUCCAUCUUCCCCGGCGCACAACUCGCAGGUCUGCUCUAAUGGCGGUCCUGUGUGCCAGCACGUCGACCAUCCUUCCAUAUAUAUGCCACCUUUCUCUCGAAGAGAACAACUUGAAGCGAGGUCGGACGUACAGGGAAUCGUCGUGGCUUGACGAUGCACUGCCUCGAAUGCGCCUGCAAGAGCUGACCAAUCUCAAGACUCUUACAAUUGGGCAUCUCUCUUGGGCUGCGCUAGGACCAAGAGCGCGAGCGGCCUUAUUCUCUGUGUUGCCACGGACAGAACACGCCGGUAAAGUUUCCGAAUUACUUUCAUCGCUAGAAGCUCUAGCUGUCAGCACGAAGGAGUUUAGCGAGAGACCCCGAGGCGGAACUACGUCCCUCCCUCGCUUUCCAACAACAUGCAUUCCAAGCAAUCCUACAGACCUGGUGGAAGCCCACCUAUGCAUUUUCUCCCCAGCCAACUUUCGUUGCAUCACAACGAAUCCACCCAUCACACGACUCGUUGUACAUAACAUACGAGAAUCCUCUGUCAAGGACAUAGUCCCGAUCCUGAGGUCAUGUGCUUGCUGUUCUGUCGGUGUCGGUGAUUGUCCAGAAACGUGGUUCAUAGAGGCCGGGGGUCUCUCUCAUAAUCCCUCUUUGCACUCGCUGGAACUCAUCGACUCAUGCGCGCGCACCGUCUCUAUCCUCGAACAAGUCACCUCCCCACGAUUGCGCGCCGUGACUCUCGAAGCAUCAGCAAAUGCGCUUGCCACGUUGGACCUGGGCGCGCUCACGGCGCUCUUCACCUUCCGUUUCAUCACAGCAAAGCUAGAAAUCAUCGCAGAAGACAACACCGUGAAGUUCCUGAUAGCGCUGCGCGACGAGUUAUUUGCGCGCAUGCAGCACCUGCGAGAGGAAAAGAGGUUAGAAUUCAGGAGGAGCGAGGGGCUUAGUAUGGAUCCCGACACACCCGACGUUUUCGACUGGAGUUGGGUUUCAGACUAUGAGUGAGGGCCUACAGCGAGGACAGAUGCUACAGGGUGUUGCCGAUGGCGUGAUUGGUUCUCUCAUGAGACCUAGGCCUGCACAAUUUCGGGGGGGCGAAGGCAAACUCGGUGCCAAGCCGGGUCACAGAGGGGCUGGUCUGGCUAGAGUUGUGUGUCGCGAUCUGGUUGAAUUAUGAAAUGCGAAACAAGGUUUACACGAUACACUGAUCAAAGGAUGACAACGUAUGCAAUGAAUGUUUCUCCAGCU